AUUGUGAAUUUGGUCAGAGACGAUGGAGCAAAAAAAACGCAACUUUCUCGUCGACUGCUUUCGUUGUCGUUUGGAGAGGUACCGUCCCCCGCUCGACGAGCGCUCAACGCACUCAAGCGGCCUACAUUCGGUGAAGGCUCUUUUGAACGGUUCAAGGGUGCGCUCACGUCUGCUACGUCCGAGCCAUCAGGAUCAUCAAUAGGACAUGACCAAGGUUCCGACUUGCCUUCGCCUUCAUCGCCUGGUCACCAUCAUCACCAAUACUCCACCAGUGGUGGACGAAGUGAUGAGCGGCCACGGACGUAUAGCAAGGUUGGUGGGAGCAGAUUACGAUCAUCGACGAUUGGAGAGCGAAUCGGUAGUGAUACGGACACUAAGAAACUAGGCAGUAGCAGCAAACGGCCUGCCACUUAG